CUUUUUAUGAGCGCGCGGGACUGGAAGGUGAAACUGCGAGUGUCAGAGAAUGGAGAAGCACAAAGUGCUGGACCAGAUCCUGAUGGAGCUCCACCGCUUCCUGCUCAUUCUGGACGGGGAGAACCUGAGCGGGAACGCCACCAUCCAGAAGGGCUUGCUCUCUGAUCUUCUCCAAUCCUACAGAAUCUCCAACGGUGCAGACGAGGAGUACAUCUACAUGAACAAAGUGACUGUCGGUGUGAACGACAAAGGCGACAAAGUUGAACGAUCAGAUGUCUUGCUCAAUGGAAAGGCAGCUAAGAGUGCUUCCGUCCCACAGAAGAGCCUUCCUGACCUGCCGCCUCCCCGGACAGGAGUGGUGGGUCGGGAGCCGUUCCCCUUACCUGCAGUUCCGGCUCCAGCCAGUGCAGACACUUCAGAGAGUUACUAUGAGGAGGCACAGCCGUACGAGGAAACGGUCAAUGAUGACGGCGAGGUCGUCAGCAGCUCGUACGAGUCCUACGACGAGGAGGAAGUGACCAGAGGGAAGUCGGCACAGCAUCAGUGGCCAUCGGCCGAGGCGUCCAUUGAGCUGAUGAAGGAUUCUAGAAUCUGCGCCUUCCUGUGGAGGAAGAAGUGGCUCGGCCAGUGGGCCAAACAGCUGUGCGUCAUCAGAGACCAUCGCCUGCUGUGCUAUAAAAGCUCCAAGGAGCAGACGCCCCUGCUGGAUGUGAGUCUGCUGGGCUGCAGUGUGGUCUACAAGGAGAAGCAGCUGAAGAGGAAGGAGCACAAGCUGAAGAUCACUCCUGUCGGAGGAGAGGCCAUCGUGCUGGGCCUGCAGAGCAAAGAGCAGACAGAGCAGUGGCUGAAGGUGAUUCAGGAGAUCAGUCCAAAGCCAGCUGAACACUGUGACAGUGUCACCGACUCCCCGAAGCUGAUCUGCACUAAGGGAGAGCUGAGUGAGAGACACUCGGUGGCUUCAGAGAGCGGCAGCAGCACUGACAGUCACGCUGAAACCCCUGAAAACAAAGACGUAAAGAAGAAAUACGGUGCAGGACUCAAGUUCAGCAACCUCAUGAACAUUGGCAAGAAAAAACCUUCAUCACUGGAGAGCCCAGAGAAAUGUGUCAACACCUCAGGCUACCUCAACGUGCUGGUGAACAGCCAAUGGCGGACGUGCUGGUGUCUUAUUAAGAACGGCCAGCUGUGGUUUUACCAGGACAAGGGCAAAAACAAAGUGAGCCAGCCCGCUUUGAAGCUGGAGGGCUGCAGUGUGUUGCCUGACCCCAGCCCCGACCACCUGUACUCCUUCAGGAUCGACAUGGACGGCGCACAGAUUGCAACACUCGAGGCGAAGACAUCAGCAGACAUGGGUCACUGGCUCGGCCUCUUGCUGUCACAAAUGGGCACCAAGACGGACCCAGAGGAGCUGACGUACGACUACGUCAAUGCGGAGCGGAUCACCAGCAUCGUUAAUGCUGCCAAGACUUCCUUAUACUUGAUGCAGAGAAGGUUCUCAGAGCCAAACACCUACAUAGACACUGAAACGUCCGUCGCUCAAAACUCAGAUGAACUGUACGAUGAUGUGGCAUCUUUAGCUGAUCCAGAGGACGCCGAUGAGAGCGGCCCGACAGACGCCCAGGACGACAACAACAACCUCCAGGAACAGAGUGAAUCAUGCACACAGGAUGCCAAGGACUCAGUGGGAGCAGAGCAGGAGACUGAACACAGACUUUACCUGGAUCUAGUAACUGUGCGCUCAUUUCUCCAUUCAUCUGGUGGAAGUAAAGCCCCGCCCACCAAAGAAACCAUCAGCCAUUCCCCAGCACAGACAGAAGAACUGAGAGACUUUUCGAGUCCACUUAAAGAGGUCAGCUCCAGUAACUCCCCCGAGCCUGAGCCAAUGCCUGCGUCAAAUGAGACGCAGAGCUCGACCUCUGCCGCCAGCAAACCAGAGCAAGUGUCGUCACCGAGUCCCAGUCCACAGCAAACGCCACCACUGAAAACCACGUCCCAAAGCCAGGAGACUCCCAAGAGGACGAGUGUGGAAAUCCCACAGGCCUUCACCUCCUCUGUCCACAAAGGAGGAACAGCUCUCACGGCCAGUGGGUUCCCCCACAGUCCCCAGCCCCUGCGGCCCAAAGCUCAUACCAUCGGUGGUUCUGGCACAGUCGAAGGGAAACUGGGUAAAAACCGCACAGAGGCGGACAUGCGGCGCUACAUCGAUGAGCGCGACCGCCUGGAGAAAGAAAGGGAGGAGGUGAAGAGCAGCCUGGCCAACCUGAAGAAGGAGAGGAGAGAGACCAAAGAGGAGCUCAGUGCCUGCCAAGAUCCCAAACAGCAGGCCUCAAUAGAAGCUCGUCUGAAGCAGAGGGAGGAGGCGUGUCGGGAGGCGGAGCGCCGCAGGGUUGAGGUGGAGCUUCGGUUGAUGGAGGUGAAGGAGAGUCUGAAGAAGGUGGAGUCAGGGCCUUUCACACUGGGAACCACGCUGGACAGCAGUCUCCAGGACACACCCACGUCUAAAUCAGCAACCCUGCCUACUCCCCAGCCAUCAUUAUCCUUGCCAAUGUCGUCGUCGUCCUCCUCAUCAUCAUCUUCAUCCCAGCCCUCAAACAGCAGCCUCAGUGUGGACCAGGUCUCACCUGUCAAUUCAGCAUCUGCACUGAAGAGCAGACCUUCCUCCAUCAUGGGCACAAAAGGCAACGUUAUGCAGAAAGCUAAGGAAUGGGAAAAGAAAUCCACCACUUAGGAGGGCAACAAUUUGGUCUUCUGUGACCUGAUGAAAUCCACACAUUUGUCCCACUUACGCAAAGAACAGACAAGUUUGAAAGAUACACAUCCUCCCUCUUCUGGAUCCUUCGUCCUCAUCACCUCCUUGCCAAGAGUAUGAAGAGCCAAUCAGAGCCGGACACCAUCUAUCCUUUCAAAUACCACUGGAUAAUCAUGGUUUUAAUGAUGUUUCAAGUUCCCUUGUUUCCUCUCGUUGCUCGAAGAAGGAAUUUGACGAAGGAGAAUUUUGGCCAGUUUAACAAUUGCUCUUCAUAAGGAUGUUGCAAACAGCCAAAUAUUUGACACCAAUGAAGUGUGAGACAGUAAGACUCCCCCUCUACUAAAAAUGGCCACUGUGUACACUUUCGUAGCUUGGUUCAUAUAUGCUGGUAGCCAAGAUGUAAAUAUAUUUACACCAUUCUUUGGCCUUGUGGCUUGUAUUGCUAGCUAGAAAUGCACUUUUUAUUCAAAUAAAAAAAAUGUACCGACAACAAAA